UUGAGGCCGAAAUACGCAAACAUUUCCGGCGCUUAUCCAAUGGUACUAUUGUCAACGACGAGGCCACACUGAACACCAUUCAAAAGUGUUCGGACGAUCCAAAAGCGCCUAUGUUUGUUUUGGAAGCAAUACUAACUGACGAUUCGAUUGGAGUUAACGUCGAACCCGAAGACCUUAUAUCAUACGUGUGCGUUCUAAUGGAAAACUGGAAACAGUCAGUGGUGUCACAAAUGCCGCCUUUGAUCUCAGAUGAGGAUUUCGACAUUUUCACCAGGCCAAUAGUAUGCGGUAAAAUGUGUGACCAAUUUUGCAACCGUGGUCCGUCGUUAGAAUUUGUAUUUGAAGUAGACCAAACGCUCAAGAAUUCCGCGGAUAGAAUAAUACACUAUUUUCAAAUGGGCUAUCAAAUGGUUUACACGUAUGUGGAGCGAUUGGAGUACAUACGGAUCAUGUUAAAGGAACACAAAGAAUUAGAUCUGCAAUCAAUUAAGAGCGAAACUAACAUAAUACAUUUUCGAAAAAUGUUAGAAACAUAUAUAAAACAGUUAGCCGAUGUGGAUAAAAUGGUACCUUCGCAGACAUUGAGUAUAUUUGAAUUAAAACUAAAUACAUUAAAAGAUGUUCUGAGACCAACAUGCGAGGAACUAUUAAAGACAAUUAAACAAGGAAUUGUCGAGGCGAGUAUAAACUUACCUUUAAAAUUCAUAAAAGAAAUUAACGAUACUCAAAAAUAUCUUGAACUAUUACCAGUGAAGGCCGAAGACUUUGCUGUUUAUAAAUCAUUUCUCGAAGAUUGUCCAAAUAAAUUAGACAACUUUGAUAAACAGUCGGAAUACCUAAAAGACUUAUUUGCCUUGGCGGAUGAAUUUCAAGUAACCAUCCCGGACGACAUAAUAAACAAUUAUUAUUCUUUUUUAGAAGCAAUGAACGUUCUACGGUCGACGAUAACGAGAAUCAAUAGUGAACAAGAAUUUCUUACAGAGCAGUUUGUAAAAAAAACCAACACUAGUGUACUUAGGUUAUUCCAAGAUGUUGAUAAAAUCAAUAGUGAAAUAAAUGAACAAUGGUUAACGGACAUGCAGUCAAACGGUGAAGAAGUCAAGGCAUUUUUAAGUGAAAUGAACAACCGUUUAAUCCAAUGUCGAGAGAAAUCAAACUUAUAUAAAUCUUACCAACAUUUUUUUCAAGUGGAAAUUACAAAUUUUGAUAUUCUAGAAGAAGCGUGUGAAUCUGUUCGACUUAGAAUGUUGCUCUGGAACUCCAUGGACGAAUGGGAAAAAUCUAUGCGACUUUGGGAAAAUGACAAUUUUCAUAACUUGGACGUUGAACAAAUCAACGCGUUCCUAGCACUGAAUUUAAAAUAUGUAAUAGAAUUAAAAAAUGGUUUACCCGGUUGUGAACUCGUUAAUGAAAUACAAAGAAAAGUACACAAUUUCGAAGAUAUAAUGCCAACAAUCAUUAUAUUAAGGAACCCAAAUCUGAAAAAACAACAUUGGUAUAAAAUUGAACAAAUAAUUGGUAUCAAAUUGCCAAAGAAUCAAUCCCUAACACUUGCAAUGCUGAAAGAACUAGAUGCGUUUAAUCAUAGCUGUGCACUGACGGAAAUAUCUGCGCAAGCUAGUUCUGAAUUUGCUUUAGAGUCGUUAUUAGAAAAAAUUGAGAAGUCUUGGGAUGGAUUAAAUUUAAUUGUACUGCCUUAUAAAAAUUACAGCGACGUUUACAUUCUUGGAUCAUUAGAAGAUAUUCAAUUGACAAUAGAAGAAGUUAAUAUAAACUUGAACACAAUUUUAGCAUCCAAACACGAAGGAGAAAUAAAACCAAAAGUAUUAAAAUGGAUCAAAACUAUGGAAAUUAUGUCUAACGUUCUCGAUGAAUGGACCACAUGCCAAACCACGUGGGUUAACUUAGAGUCCUUAUUUACAACAUCGGAUAUACAAAGACAACUUCCUAACGAAGCUAACAUUUUCAACGAAGUAAAUAAUUCAUGGAAGGUUAUAAUGAAAAAUGCAUCAAAAAAUCCAACGACGUUAACUACGUGCACCGAUUCGAAGCUUUUAACUUCUCUUAAGAAAAAUAAUUGUCUUCUGGAUCAAAUCAUGUUAUGUUUGGAAUGUUAUCUAGAAUCCAAAAGAGUAGUCUUUCCUAGAUUUUAUUUUUUAUCCAACCAAGAACUUUUAGGUAUUAUGACUCAAGCUCGGAAUCCAAGAGCAUUGCAACCACAUGUGAGUAAAUUUUUUGACUCCAUAUGGAGAAUUCAAUUUGAAAACGAUAGCGAAUUGGAUGAAUUUCAUCCGGGAGAAAACAAUAAUGACAUUAAUCGUUCAAUUAAUAUUACUGCCAUGAUAUCUCCUGAAAAAGAAGUCGUCAAAUUUUCAAUGGAUGUGAAAGCUCGUGGUAAUGUCGAGUUUUGGUUAAACAGGGUGGAAGAAGCUAUGGUAGAAACACUAAGACUGCUUAUGGUUGUAGCAAUGGAAGAGUAUAACAAUAUGCCGCGAAACAAAUGGGCAUUGCUGCAUACCGGUCAACUUAUAUUAGCAGUCUCGCAGAUGAUGUGGUGUCGUGACGUACACCGAAUACUACUCGAAGACGAUUCUAACGUUUCCAAAAAUCUUUCUAGUUUUGAAAAAAAAUGUGUGGAUUAUUUAGAUGACCUAGUUGCUAUGGUGCGGCAGGAUCUAACUGCACUUCAGAGGGCGGCGAUACGAGCACUAAUAAUAAGUCAAGUCCAUACCAGAGACAUAAUUAUUUCAAUGGUUCGAAACAAUAUCAACAGUGCUACGGAUUUUGAAUGGUUAAAGCAGUUGCGUUACUAUUGGGACGAAAUCGACAGUUGCGUCGUUCAAAUGGCUAAUACCCGCUGGUUGUAUGCAUUUGAAUAUUUGGGAUGUUCCAGCCGUUUGGUCAUAACUCCUUUAACAGACAAGUGUUAUUUGUGUUUGAUGGGAGCGCUUCAGUUAAAUCUCGGAGGAGCAUCGGUUGGUCUUGCCGAUACAGGGAAAACAGAGACCACCAAAGAUCUUGCCAAAGCCUUAGCGACUCGAUGUGUUGUAUUCAAUUGUUCGGACGGUUUGGACUACAAAAUGACAGGAAAACUCUUUGCUGGCUUAGCUCAAUCCGGAGCUUGGUGUUGCUUCGACGAAUUCAACCGCAUAGAUACCGAAGUGCUUUCUGUUAUUGCUCAACAGUUAAUUACAAUAAUGAACGCUAAAUGCAAAAACGCCAAACGAUUUAUUUUCGAGGGUAGAGAAAUAAAACUUGUCAACACUUGUACAGUAUUCAUAACAAUGAAUUUUGGGAACUUCGGUCGAAAUGAACUACCAAAUAAUUUACAAUCACUAUUUAGACCUAUUUCAAUGAUGAUACCCGAUUAUAGACUCAUAGCAGAAGUUGUUUUAUACUCCGAGGGUUUUGAGUCAUCAAAAACUUUAGCUCGAAAAAUAUCCAGUAUUUUUAAGCUAUGCGAUGAACAGCUUUCGGUUCAAGAUCACUACAAUUUUGGAAUGAGGUCUGUCAAGAGUAUGCUAACAAUGGCAGGAUGUUUAAAACGGCAAAAUCCUACAACAGAUGAAAAUGUAAUUGUAAUAAAGGCUUUAAUAAAUAAUAAUAAACCAAAAUUUCUCAACGAUGACUGUAUUUUAUUUCAAACAAUUUUAAAUGACUUAUUUCCCGGAAUCGUGUUACCAAAAGAAGACUACGGGCAAUUUUUGUGCGCUGUGAAACGUACUAUGGAGAUGAAUGGUUAUCAAACCGAAGAAUAUAGUUGUAUUAAAAUUAUACAAUUACUGGAAACUAUUAGUGUUAGACACGGAAUAAUGACAGUUGGGCCAACUGGAGGAGGAAAAACGACAAUUUUAAAAAUUCUUGCUAAAACAUUAACCGAACCAAAUAAAAACGACUUAAAUGAACAGUAUUGCCGACCUGUAAAUAUAUUUACUAUUAAUCCAAAAGCAAUAACUAUACAUGAGCUAUAUGGGGAAGUAAAUUUAAAUACGAUGGAAUGGAGAGAUGGAGUACUCGGGAAGAUUGUCAGGAGUACAGUUCAAAUGACCAACGAAGAAUUUCAAUGGAUCGUUUGCGACGGUCCGGUAGAUCCGGUUUGGAUGGAAAGGCUAAAUACAGUGCUCGAUGAUAACAAAAUGUUAUGUCUCACUAAUUUAGAGCGUAUUAAACUAACACCUUGGAUCAGAAUGAUAUUUGAAGUUGAUGAUCUUUCUCAAGCUUCUCCUUCGACGGUGAGUAGAUGUGGUAUGGUUUUUGUUGAUCCGUCAGAACUAGGAUGGUUUCCAUAUGUCAAAUCUUGGAUUAAUAAAAAAAAUAAUGAAGUGUUUCUCGGCAAUCAAGAUUAUAGAAGCUAUCUUAUGUCAUUGAUCGAAACAUACGUCGACAACGGGUUUACAUUUAUCGACAAAAAUUGCUCUUUUAUAAUUCUACAGACAAAAAUGAGCAAAGCAGUAAUGAUGUGCGCUCUACUAGAAUCCCUUCUAACGAACCCACAAACCAUCAGCAAGCAAUUAGACAGUUCUGAAGUACACAAAUAUAUUUGCCAAUCUUUUAUCUUCGCCUAUUUAUGGGCAUUGGGUUCAAAUUUGAUCGAUUCGUCGCAACUCUUGUUUGAUUCGUUUGUUUUCGAUCAAUUCGAAGACAACCCCAAUUUCUCAAUUUCACCAGGAACUGAGUUGCGGAAUGUUUACUUAAAUAUAGAAAAAAAUAAAUUAGAAGAUUGGUCUGGUAUUGUUCCCGAUUUCGUUUAUGACCGAAAAACUCCAUUCUUUGAGUUAUUCGUGCCUACAGUUGACAGCGUACGGUAUUCAUAUGUUAGCCAGAAACUGAUACAAACCAACCAGCCUGUCAUGUUAUCUGGAGUAACGGGAGCCGGUAAAACAUUAAUAGCAAACUGCCUUGUGCACAAUCUAGCUCUAGCUGGAGAUUGGAUGUCUGGAAUGAUACAUUUUUCCGCUCAAACCAGUAGCAACAGAACACAACAAAUAUUAGAACUAAAAUUGGAAAUGAAAAAACGAAACGUUUUUGGGGCUCCAGGCAAUAAACGUUUAGUAUUAGUCAUAGAUGACGUCAAUAUGCCAAUUUCUGAUACAUAUGGUGCACAACCUCCAAUUGAACUACUGAGGCAAAUAUUGGAUUAUGGUGGAUUAUACGACAGAAAACAGUUUUUCUGGAAAAACAUAGAAAAUUUAAUUUUGUGUACCCUUUGUGGACCUCCUGGUGGUUGUCGUAAUCCUUUAACGCCAAGGUUUUCUAGACAUUUUUCCAUAUUGUGUAUACCCACUACUAACGAAAAAACUAUGAAGACUAUUUUCACCUCGAUAUUAAAAGAAUUUUUGAAAGAUUUUCCACCAAACAUAGCUAAAUGCAGUAACGUUUUGGUCGAAGCAAGCGUCGAGGUUUAUCAACGUGUCAAGGAAGUACUUUUGCCAACACCAGCAAAAUCUCAUUACAUAUUUAAUUUAAGAGAUUUAUCUAAGACUUUACAAGGUAUUCUACAAGCAGACGUAAUCACUAUACCAGAUCUUCCAACGCUAUACAGAUUAUGGUACCACGAGUCACUACGCGUUUAUCACGACCGUUUAGUUUGUCAAGACGAUAAAACUUACUUCCAAAAAAUAAUGAGAACGGUUUCUAAACGAUUUUUUGACGAUCCGUUGUUUGAAUGUUUCCAAACCGACGUGAAUAACUUACAAAAUCCUCCUAUUUUGUUAUUUGGAGAUUUCAUGAACCCAGUAUGCAAAGGUCGCCGAGUUUACGAAGAAAUUACCAAUGUUGAUAAGUUGAAAUCUGUGUUGCUUGAGAGCUUAGUGGAUUUCAAUACGGUGUAUAAUAAAAACAUGCAAUUAAUAUUUUUCGUUGAUGCUAUUGAACAUACAGCGCGUAUUGCUAGAAUAUUGAGGUCAGAUAGAGGGAAUGCCUUAUUGCUAGGAGUUAGUGGCGUGGGGAAAAAAACACUAACGAAGUUGGCCACACAUUUAAACGACUAUAAAUUUUUUCAAAUAGAACUGACAAAAUCGUAUGAUUAUUUAUCAUUUCACGAAGACUUAAGUAGUUUGUACUCAAGAGCUGGUAUUAAGUUAGAAGAUACCACUUUUCUAUUUACCGAUACUCAAAUUGCUCAAGAAGAAUUUUUGGAUGAUAUAAAUAAUAUUCUUAUUGCGGGAGAAGUGCCAAAUUUAUUUAAAAAAGAUGAACUCGAACAACUAAUUGACACCUGUCGACCUCUGGCUAUUGAAUUGGGAUUUGCAGACAACAAACAAGCUAUUUUUAAUUUUUUCUUAAACCGUGUUCGAUCUAAACUCCAUUUGGUUAUCUCUAUGAAUCCAAUGAAAGACGCGUUUCGACAGAAAUGUCGAUUGUUUCCUUCGCUGGUUAACUGUACUACAGUUGAUUGGAUAGACACCUGGUCGACAGACGCGCUUUUGUCAGUAGCUAAAAUUAACUUGGAGUCAUUUUCAGAACAAAACUUAACUCCAAACUUAGUAAAUGUCAUGCCAGACAUGUUUAAUUAUAUACACAAAACUGUCAGUCAAAAGGCGGAACGGUUUGUUGAGCAAAUGCGGAGGUAUUUCUACGUUACACCCAGCAGUUACUUGGAGCACUUGCAAUUGUUUAAAAAAAUGUAUUGUCUGCAAAAGAAAAAAAUUCAAAAUGAUUCAGAUCGUUUUUCAAACGGUCUAAAAAAGCUCUACGAAACAUUCGAUAUGGUAAACGAAUUAAAAAGUAGACUCAAAACAUUGACACCAGCCCUAACAGAAAAAACUGAAGCCACGUUAAAAUUAAUGGAAGAUUUGACGAAGGAAAAAGCUGGUGUUGAUAAAGUACGUGAAGUUGUGCUCGCGGAAGAGGCUGCAGCCAAAGUAAAAGCUACCGUUGCUCGAGAAAUAGCUGAAGAUGCACAACGAGAUUUAAUUUUAGCUAUGCCCGCUUUAGAAGCAGCAAGAAAAUCUUUAGAAUCUCUAAACAAAAAUGACAUUAAUGAACUUAGAAUUUUCAGUAAGCCACCUAAACUCAUUCAAAACGUGAUGCAAUCUAUAUGCCUAAUGCUAUACCAAAAAACUAAUUGGGCAUCCGCUAAACUGGUGUUGAGUGAUGUUAAUUUUUUAAAAACGCUGCUGGAUUAUGAUAUCGAUAAUGUGUCUGAUAAGAUGAUUAAUCAGCUUAAACCUUACAUAGAAGAUCCAGAUUUCAACCCACAAGUAGUAGCUACUCAAUCGAAGGUCGCCAAGGCUCUAUGUAUGUGGGUUAGAGCUGUGCAUAGCUAUUCUUUAGUGUAUCGAAUUGUGGAACCGAAAAGGAAGCGACAAGAAGAAGCCGAAGGUGAACUAGCUGUAGUGUUAAAAACCCUUAAAACUAAACAAAAAAUGUUAGCUGAUAUUGAAGAGCAACUUCAAAGACUUGAAGGCAAAUACGAUCAAUGUGUAACAGAAAAAAACAACCUAGAAUCAAACAUUAACAGAACGCAAUCACGUCUGAAACAUUCUCAUUUACUUAUUGUGGCACUGGGCGAUGAGCAAAGGAAAUGGGAAAAAAAUGUCAAAAUGUUUUCUCAACAACUGAAAACGUUAGUUGGUGACAUCAUAAUCAGCGCUGGAUCCGUAAACUAUUUAGGACCGUUCACUGAUGAUUACCGUAAAGAAAUAACUGUUCUUUGGCUGGAAAAAUUAGAUUAUCACAAUAUUUUACACACCCUGAAUUACACGUUGGCUUCGGUGUUGAUCGACUCGUUCGAACAACGAUCUUGGCAUAUUUGUGGAUUGCCAAGAGAUUCGGUAUCUGUAGACAAUGCAAUAAUCGUCACGAGGUCAAUUCGCCAGCCUUUGAUAAUUGACCCGCAAGAACAGGCAAACAGGUGGAUAAAAGCGUUCGAAGUUGAAAACAUGUUGAAAGUAUGUAAAAGUACUGAUGAUAAAUUGAUGAACAUUAUUGUAAACGGAAUGAGAAGAGGAUAUCCAGUUCUAAUAGAAGGACUUGGAGAAAGCGUCGACACAACACUUAAGUCAAUUUUAGAAAAUGAUACCUUUGCAAAAGACGAACAAAUUUUGAAACGCGUUGGUGAUUCCAACAUCAAAUUCAAUACAAGUUUCAGAUUAUACAUGACGACUAAACUGACAAACCCCCAUUAUUCACCGGAAAUAACCAAACAUACGACUCUAGUAAACUUCAUAGUGUCUCCUUCUGGCUUAGAAGAUUAUUUCUUACAAGAAAUAGUUAAACUAGAACGACCGGAAAUCGAAGAAAAAUAUUUCUCCUCUACCGUAUGUAUAAAUAAUGAUAAUAAUAUGUUGACAAAAAUGGAAGACGAAACUUUGAAAAUGCUGUACAUGUCUGAAGGGAAUAUUUUAGACGACGAAGAACUAAUCAAUAAGUUGAACAACUGCAGAGAAACAUCAUUGAUAAUUGCUUAUCGCCUCGUAAAUGCAGAAGAAACAGAACAUAAAAUUAGUACUGAACGAAAAAAAUACCGAUCAGUUGCAAAAAGAGCAUCUUGUCUAUAUUUUUCUGUAAAUCAACUGAUUCAAAUCGAUUUGAUGUAUCAGUUUUCUUUAAAUUAUUUAAAAUCGAUUUUUUGCAAUGCAAUCUAUGAUAUCGAUAAGACUUUAGAGGAUGACAUGAAGUUACCAAUCAUGAUUGACAGUAUCACUAAAAGAACUUAUACAAUUGUGUCUAGAGGUUUGUCAGAACGAUACAAACUCGUAUUUAGUUUCUUACUAAGCAUCAACAUUGGCUUAGAGACGAAAAAAAUUACUAGCUCCGAACGAGACUACUUACUACAUGGUCCAACCCGUGUACAAAAUGAAAAAACACAGAAAUUAAAUGAAGCUGAACUGAAAGACCAAGUGUGGCACUCUGUCCUUUACUUGUCCGAACAUUUUCCAAAGUUUAAAAUGCUUCCGGAAAAUUGCCACGGGCCCAUAAACAUUAAUCUAGGCCAAUUCGAGGAAACAUUAGAACUGGGUUUUGGUUACAACCACGUGACAAUCGAAUGGAACUCUGUGUUGCUCCCUUUUGAGAAACUAAUGCUUAUCAAAACAUUUAGGGAAGACAAGUUAGUACUUGCAAUCAAAAAUUAUGUUAGCUGUGAACUCGGUAAGAUGUUCGUAGAAAGUCCGGACGUUUCAUUUCAUCAUUUGUACAACGAUACAACAUCAACCGUGCCUAUAUUAUUUAUACUAAGUCCCGGCUAUGAUCCAUUCAAUUCGUUCAAAAAGUUUGCAGUUAAAUUCGGAGUUGGAGACAAUUUUCAUUCUUUAUCAUUGGGACAAAGUCAAGGAUCACUGGCUGAAAAACUCAUUAAGGAUGGCAGAGAACAAGGCAAAUGGAUAUUUUUACAGAAUUGUCAUUUAGCACCAUGGUGGAUGCCAAGGUUGAAAGUACUCGUCGAAGAAAUAAUUGAAAACCCUUUAUCCGUUAAAUCAGAAUUUAGAUUAUUUUUGAGUUCUUUGCCGUCGAAUGAUUUACCUACUUGUCUGCUACAAAACUCGUUGAAAGUUACAAUCGAGCCUCCAAGUAAUUUUAGAGCAAACAUGAAAAGAGCGUUUGAUGAUAUGAGUAUAGCAUUUUUCGAAGAGAAUGCUUUUAGAGAGGAAUGGAAGGGUAUUAUUUACCGCUUGUGUUUCUUCCACGCGAUUGUACUUGAAAGAAGAAAAUUCGGAUCGUUCGAUUGGAACGUAACGUAUGCAUUUACUGAUGAUGAUCGAGAAUACUCUAUCCGCAUGUUAGAACAAUACUGCUUAACAGCUACACAUAUGUCUUGGGAGGCUAUACGUUGCUUAACCGGAGAAAUAAUAUACAGUGGUAGGGUUACCGAUGUCUGGAAUCAAAGAACUUUGAAUACUGUAAUGUGGCAUUUAUUUAAAUUACAAACUAAUGAAUGCAGUCUGAAUUCGGAUAAUAAUUCCUACAUUCCAAACGCGAAUCAGUGUAAAAGUAUUGAUGAAUACAAGUCGUUCAUCGAUCGACUCCCCGCCGUUGUGGAGACAGAAGUAUUUAAAAUGCACAAAAACGCUAUGCUAAAAUUUCAGGCUAAAGAAACACAAGAGUUUUUAGAUUCAAUUUUGAAAGUGAACGAAGAAAUUACAAGUGGUUCAAAAGUAAAACCAGAUGAUUCCAUUGUUUUAAAUUGUAUUAAUGAUAUAACUGGAAAACUAAUACCUUUUAUUGAUAUUAAACAAGCUAACAUAACUUUACUACAAAAAGAUAAUAGAGGAAGGUUAACUCCGUUAUCUACAGUGUUGUUAAAUGAAGUCAAAUAUUUCAACCAACUACUUCAAAUAAUACAUAUUUCGCUAAAUGACUUGCGCAAUGUAAUUAAAGGCUUAGAGGUCAUGUCUACGAGAGUAGAAGAAAUUUACUUAUCCGUUACACGUAAUAAGGUGCCGACUAGUUGGUUGAAAAAAUCGUACCCCUCGUUACUCACUCUGGCAAGUUGGGUAAAAGAUUUAAUUAUGAGAUUAGAUUUUGUAAACGGUUGGCUUAGAUUCGGUAAUCCCCCAUCGUAUUGGAUAUCAGGUCUGUAUUUUCCACAAGCACUCAUAGCUGGUUGCCUCCAAGAACAUUCAAGAAAGUACUACGUACAAUUCGAUAGUUUGAAAAUAGACUUUGAAUUAACCGCUACAAUUUUGAGACAAGAUGAAAUCACAAAUGAAAAUUACGAAGCUUACGCGGACUUGGAUAAACUAGAAAAUGGCAUAUACGUCCACGGUUUGUUUUUAGAUAAUGGACGAAUAGACUUACACAGCAAGCUUCUAGUAGACCCGUAUGCAGGUCAAUUUUAUUCUUCUUUACCUGUUAUGCGACUUGUGCCGACCAUAGAUUCGAAUAUGAUUACACCGCACUAUCAUUGUCCACUUUACAGAACUACUAACCAAGCAACAGUAAUACCGAUUACAAGACUAAGUAAUAAUUUUGUAUUGGCUGUCUUAUUACCAACCAAAUAUCCUGAAAGCUAUUGGUUAUUAAAAGGGACGGCUCUCGUCAUGCAAGUUACAGAUUAAAGGUUAUGAUUAGCUUUU